GCCGUGGGCUCCCGGUAUCCAAGGACAUUGGAGUGAGCUGUCUGAAGAAAGUGAGGUACUUUGGGAGAGUUGGAGUAACAGGAUUUUGUACAUCACAGUGGCGUUGGGCCGUAUGCCAGCAUGGCAGCUGCUGUGAGCUGCAGGCAGAGUGCAGCCAGAGGCCUGGCAUCAUUUGGACUCAGGCAGCGCCAACUCUGCUGUGGGAAUCUUCCAAGGACACAGGGCGAUGAUUGCUACUACUAUUUGACUUGGAGAUGGAGUACCUUGCCUCUCUGCCAUAAACAGAAGCUCGAGGUGUGCAAUGGCAGGUCUACCCGGCGGAUUAGCAGUUCAGUGUGGGCCACACACGCUGCUGCGCACAUUCAGUCCCGGACCAAGAGACAGCCAGUGGUCGCGGUGCGUACGGCGGGUGCCCAUAGCCUUAACUUUGGGCCAACCCAUUUUCCGGAUUUGGAACGGGCCCAGGUACCCAUGUAUGGUCUCUUGCACAGUGCCUGCAGUGGAAAGUCAUUCCCAAGUGACGUACGCCUGCAAUCCCUCAUCUGUAUCCUGGACGAGGAAGUUAGCAUGCAGCUGGUUGUGAGUGGCCGGGGUAAGGAGCAGACUGCCCUGCUGGAGGUGCCCAGCUCCAGGUCGGUGCAUUUGCAGCAGCUGGUGGCCUCCAGGGUGGAAAGCCUGCCUGCUGAGCAAGCAGGUGCACUUCUACUGGCCCAGCUCGAAGGCAUCUUGGAUUCAAUCACGACCGUUGAUGGGUGCAACGCAGAUGAUAUUGCAGUGGAGCAGCAUGUCUCCUCUAAUUCAGACAGUAGGGCAGUGGUGAAAGAAUUGGUGGAUGAGAGUGUUCCAGAAUCACUGACAGGGAAGCCUGAGGGAACUGGAAUGCCCCUUGCAAGUGUACGACUUUGCCACCCAGAUGUACCUUCUGAGAUGACAGCGAACCUUUGGGAUGUGCACGAAGGGCACUCGGACUCUGUCAGGUCACUGUUUGACAGUGACUACUGCCCGAUGUCAUACCACUUGGCUUUUGAGCACCUGACAGCUUCUGCACAACGACUUGGGGCAUUGGCUGCUUUCAGUGGCACUGGUAACCUUGCAAGUGUGAGUUCUCACAAGAAGGAACCCAGUAUGGAGGAACAUUUAGCUGUCCUUUAUGAAAAGCUGAGGGUGGAGUUGCCAAAUUUCUUUUUGAAGCCGCACGAUUAUGGGAUGUACUCUCCAAAUGUAGAAUUCAUCAGCCAGUUUCCAAGGAUCAAAACAAGGGGUCGUACCACCUAUCAGGCAGUUGUGAUGUUGCUUCGAUUUCUUGCAUGGAAUUACUGUGCAGAUGUUCACAUGGAGGUAAUGAAAAUGACACAGCAUCCUGAGGACUGGACCAUCCAAGUACGCUGGAGAAUUACAGGACUCCCGCUCCAUGUUUUGAUACUGAAAUUUUACAAGAAAGACAAGACUGAACUCUAUAGAACCUACGAUGCAUAUUCCACAUUCUAUUUGGGACCUGAUGGACUUAUUCACCGACACAAGAUUGACAAGAUGAUGCCAACCCAACCCCCACUUACCAAAGUGAAGACACUGCUUGUUGGAGCACUGGUUGCCCUUGGAUUGGAAGAACACCGCCCGGCGUUGAAUCUGCUGCUUGCUCAGUCUGCUGGCAAAGUGGGGGAGAAGCACUGCUGAGAGCGCCAAAGAGGGAGGGAUGGGGAGAGGGUUUUGCGCUGUCAGGAACACACAUGCCAAGCUUGCUCGCUCGCUUGCUGGCAGUUGCUGCGCCUUGCACAUAUCCAGGUUCCUUCGGUCGUCGCAUGUCUUGAUGCAUUUGGAAACCCCACCCACUUGCACCCCUGUGUUUCGCCCCCUUUGAACUGAUUUUGCACUGUACAUAAAGUGGUGGAGAGAAUGCAGAUCUGUGCAGCAUUAGGCUGCCUGGAGAGUACAUACUGUCAGGUGAGCCAUGUGUAAAAUAGUAUGACCAUGGUACAUUGUGUUUUUUAAUUUCCAUCCAAAUGAUUGUGAACUCUACUAGAGUAAGGCAUCAGUGGGUUUGCAUUUUGUUUGUGUUGGGAGCAUAUUUCUAGUUGUCCAGAUGAUCAAAUCAAAAAUGUUGGGUUUGUUCUGUUCGUCAGGCUGUUGGAUUUCCCGGAAUGCAUCAGGCUCCCCGCUCCCCCAUCACCUAACUUUGCACUUAGAAAAAAUCAAUGGGAUUCAAUGGCGGGCUUGCGGAGUGGGACGUGGAUUUGAGGAAGGUAGAGGGCAGAAUGCUGUAUUUCCUCUUGCUUUUGCCAUAGCCCCAGCUGCAGUAGUCGGAACACUUGCCUCACUGAAUCUGUAUUCUGGUUUCUCCCAUUUGCAAUUCAACUGCAGUCUCUGCUGCAUGAUGGUUCAUAUUGGAAAAUAAACCCGAUGCAAAGGGAAAUUACUGCAGAUGCUGGAAAUCUUGACAAGCAAGAUAUACCGGAGAUACUCAGUGGUUCAGGAGGCACUUAGAGCGACAGCACUUGACCUUUCAGCUCAAUGGCCUUUUAUCAGGGAGGAAGACUGCUAUUGUUCCUGGAUAGUCUUGAUUGCCUGGGGUAGAAGGGGAUAAACAUCUCUGCCUGUCAAGAAGCCUGUUUGUGAUUCUCCAUCGGCUUUCUCUCUGAGCUUGUCUUCCCACAGAUGCUGUUUGACCUGCCGAGUGUUUCCGGAAUUUUCCGUAACUGUCCCUUUAAUUACAUGACCACAUUGAGCAGUACUGUUGAGAAUAGAAGAAGCACGCAAGUUCAUUGCUUAGUAAUUCCUCAACGGGCAGCAAUCCUUGUUGUUAUUUUUCAUUUAUUCAUGUCACUGAAUGGAUCAGUUUGGUUUAAUUGUGGUUCCAGCCUUUGAACAUGUAAUCUCAGCCUGAUACUGCAGCGUAACUUAGAGAAUAUUGCUUCAUUAAUGUUGGUUAAAUUGCUCGUUCAGGCUCAGGUUGCUGUCAAAGACCCUGAAAGACUGGAAAAGCUCCCUGAAUUGUAAAACAAAAAUUGAUCAUUCAUUUCAUUACUGUUAGCAGAAUCCCAUUGUGUGCAAAUUUGAGCUGUAUGAGCAACACUUGUUGCACUUAGGAUUUUAGCCAUAGCCUCAAAUUCCAUUAGAGACAGGCAGGAACUGAGACUCCCAGAGCAUUAUUGAGAGAGUACUGUUAUUAGAGAGUGCAAGGGCCUUUUGGGUAUAAUGUUAAACAAAGGUCUAUCUGUCCACUUGGGUAGGUCCUGUCGUGUCACUGAGAAGUAUUUCUGAGGGAGUGCUUCUAUUUCCCCCCUCAUCUGAUUGCACUGAACAAAUUAUCUGGCUGUGCUCUAUCAUUAUUUUAAAGACUUUGCUGUGUCCAAAUUGGCUGCCACCUUUCCGUACAUUAAAGCAUUAUCCAUGGGCAGUUAAAGCACUUUAAGUUGUGCUGAGGGUGUAGAUGUUGCAUCUUCUAUUUCUCAGCCACACUUGCACUUCCAUUUGAUUUUGUCUGUUGUGGUUGUUUGUUCUUGGGCUGCUUUGAAAGGGAAUGGGUUUUGCUUAGUGCAGCGCUGUGGAGUUAAGAAUAUACGGCAUAAAUGAGCCUUUUUAAUGUAGACCUAAUUUAAAAUUUGGGGUUUAAACUUCUACUAGAAGAUAAGGCAAAAUUGAGCAAAUGCCCACUACGUAUAUGGUGCAGUAUGUUCCAGAGUUUCAACGCUAUUCAACCGUGCUGUCUUAGCAAUGUUCAGGACCUCUUCCUUGUCACCCAGAGAGGAGAGGUUUAAUUGUUUAAUUAAAAACCCCCCAUUGUUUUCUUAAAUAUCACAACAGUUUGAUGUUUGUGUGAAACAGAUGAUCAUCUUAGGCCUUGAUACUUUUCACUCUGUCCUGUCAAUUCUGUACUGACAGUGUGGCCUUGAUUUGAAUCUGUAAUCUAUCUUCAGAAUGUUAACUGAACUGAUUCUAUGCACCAGAAAGUAAAUAACAUGUAAAUGUCUUGGCAAAAAAAAUUGUUGCUAUUUGGAAUAGAGCAAGCAAGUUAUUUUCCUCCCUUUUCUACAUGAAAGUACACCAGCCAAUUUGACAAGGAACAAAACUUAUAUAACUUAAGUAGUUAACAGAUUUGUUUAAGAAUUUUUCCUGAUGUCCUAGUGUGUGUUACUGACUGGGAAGCUAGUCUCUGUAGUUUUCCUGAUGCAAACCCAGGCAGCUGGAUCAGAGAGAAAUCCUGCAAAUUUCUCGUGAAGGUGUCUCCUACUUGGCUGUAUGGCUUUCAGUGAGUUGAACUGGGUGGUGAUAAAGAUGGGAAUAUUUGAUAGCAGUGAGGGCAUGUUAAGGACAUCAUAGCUGAACCUACCCGACAGAUUAUUCACUUUACACUGUCUUCAACUGUUGGCUUCAGAGCUGAGGCCCUACUAUACACCAUUGGCAGUGAAUGGGUGUGUGUUCUGGUUGACAAUUAACCCCUUCCCCACUCCCCAAACUAGUCCAGAAAUGUGGAGGCUUAACUUACUUCGUCUUCUCCAUCCAGAUGAUAUUAGCUAACAGCUCAGCAAGAUUUGCCCUUAAUUGUGUUCAAGUAUUUGUCUACUAGACAUGAAUGGAUAAAUUAUGUUUUGUUGACCACUUAUGGCUGUUUUUUUCUUAUGUACAUGUUUCUUGAGAGCGGACCUGAAUAUAUGAAAGAAUAUAUUGGAGGGAGCGCAGGGUGUGAAUUAUCUUGGAGGAACUGAUUUAGAUAUUGGCCUCAAACAUACUUUACUGUACCGAAAUUCUAAUUGCUAAGUUGGCAAUUCUGUCCAGUGUUGAUCCUAGUGGGCUAUCUUUCUGUGAGGAAAAGAGCAUGGCGUUUGUCUUGAUGUCUGUUUCCGCACUGCGAUUAGGCUGAUUAUGAGCAAUUGGAUAAAGUAUAUUCAUGCACUGUAUUCUUGAACAAAGAACAUUUCAUUAAUUUAUAAUUUGGCUGGAAUGGUGUGUGUUGGCUUCCAUUUGAACACUCCUGAUGUUUUGCAAUUCUGUUCCUGUAGCUGCAUUCUAACCGUAAUUGGAUCCUUUUUAGGAAAGGGUGAGGCAGAAUUUAUGUCUGCCUCAAACAUCCAACUAUUUACUUGGUUGCUGAAUGCAUAUCUAAAAGAAUAUUUCAGAAUUACAAGGUCACAAAAUAUUUGUGUUUAUGCCCGUCGCUUUGAUGCGGUUGAACUGAAUUUCACUUAAUUUCGGUGAUAGUUUUCCUUUUUUUAAAAAAAAUUUACUUUCUUCUAGUUACAUGCCCUGACUCUCAACCAGACUGAAUCGAAUCCCUUAAGCUCGAAUCCCUUGCCAAGUUUAGAUGGAAUUGAAAAUUGCAAAUGUGAAGUGGCUUUCAAUGUUCCCUGAAGCUGAAUAAAAGCAUUAAGACAUCAGGCAGUGUCGUUAGUCUUUCCUUGCUGAGUGAGUACUCCCAAUUGUGUCAUUAAGUUGGAUUGAUACACAACUGUUGGAUUUUAUAGGCUCUCUAUUGUUUAUUGAACGUUUGCUAGUUUGUGGGUCUGUGCAGAAUACACAGUUCCUGUGCAUCCUGAGGAAUCACUGUGCAAAUCUUGUUUCCCUUGCCUCCCAUCUGUUUAAUCUCAGUGAUAUAGAGUGAGGUACCUCUAUUGAUCAGACCUGAGGGACUCUUUGUUGUUAUAAAAAUCCUUUUUACUGCUUAAAACUUGAUUGAUCAAGAGCCUUAUGGUAGAGGAAUCAUGCUCCCUGUAUCAGUCAUAAUGGCGUAGAGUUUGCAGUUGUAAUGAUAGCAAGCCUGUGGACAUUUACCCUUGUUACUUCAACUGACAGCUGUUUCUGGAGACGCCACAUGGACAGAAUAAUGUGGAAAUUCAGAAGUUACUGUCAAUGAUUUUACACUCCCUCGUAGGUUGUGUAGUUUGUCUCACCCUGACUAAAAUCAAGGAAAAAAAAAACUUGUGAUGUGUCUCUUUAUACUAUUAGUCUUGUGUUUUUAAAAGCAAACCCUUGGUGUAACUGAGUUUCUAAUGGCCUGUGAAGUUCAUAGUUAAACUUGAACUGCUUCAUUAAAUCUGAAAAAAAUAUUAUUUGUGACAUGUAAAAUUUAACAAGAAAUCAGCUUCUAUCUUGAUCUCACGAUCAGUUGCUGUACGAAUAAUUGAUCAAAAUGAACAACCAAGUGCACAUUGCUUACUGGUUCGCUGUCUGUGAAUAAUUCAGUUUGCUUGGCUGAUUACUUUGGUUUGGCUCCAGGUUCACACUGAUAUUGGGAAAAGGGAAAUGUGCUGUCCGCACAUUGUGAGAUUUUUGGUGAGCAGCCGCUUUUAAAAUCGGCGGCAAGGAGAGUCUCUGCACCCAUGAUUGUUAAAACAGGCCGUUGAAACCCCAGUGGACAGAGUAGUGCAUUUGCAGCAGGGUUUUCAGUAAAACAGUUAAUUUCAAUGAUUAAAGAUAGUUGUUUUGAAUUUUUUUUAAACCUUUGAUCUGACACUGUUUAUUGAGUUCUCCUUCAGUGGCUAAUUUUCACCCAACUGCAUUUGUUUUUUUCAAGAACGUGCAAAGACUUUCGGCUUGUUUUUGCAUUUCCUCAUGUAUGUAAAUGGGCUCAUGCCCUUUCAAUUAUUUUCUCUGAAUCUGCCAACUUUGGUUUUGUGCAGGAUGCUGGUAUUAUCGAGUUUAUGGUUUUUCCUGUAUUGGCUAAUUUUAGUCGCUCAUUCCCAUUGCUAUAUCUCUCCAGCUCUGCUGUUGCCUGGACCUUGUGCUUAGUGCAUUUCUGUCAGUGCAGCAACAUCCUGGUCAUCUGUGUCUCCACUUUCCCCUGCCUGAGUUAGCACUUAAUCAUGCCAAAGAUUUUUCUUAGGAUGCUCGCAGAUUUAUGUUGGUGUAGUAGCUUCCCAUAUUGAGCUGUACCCAAAGUUGGCUUUCUGCCGAAACUAAAUGGAUCAAUGUUGAGGUAACUCCACUGCCUAAUCAUCAUGAAGUAGAUACAGGACUGGAUGUAGCAGUGAUUUUCAGAGGACUACUAUUGCCUGCCACCUGUGUCUGUGAACUUCUGGCAUUUUUUGUAAUUGCUGCUGUCAGUUAUACAGAUGAUGUUUUCACACUGGCGGUGGUUGGUUAGGUAGUGAAAUCCAGUAUGGUGUACAACACUGCAGAAGCCAAGUCUGGAUGAUAUGGCUUCAGAGCUCAUCUUGAAGAUGCUGGUAUUCCCAACAGUUUAUGGUUUUUCCUAUAUUGGGUAAUUUUUGGCCACUCAUUCCCAUUGCUAUUUCUGUCCAGCUCUGCUGACCACCUACUGGAUGCAUCCUCCAGAAAUCACCUCUCCCUUCAAAAGCUGUGUUUUGCUGUUGGGAACAUCAAGUGGAAGGAGGUCAUAGCAAUUUCACAAUGGUGUUGCUACUGGUGACCAGACCACUAACCCCCCCCUGUAUUGUGGAGGGUUUUGCUGACUAGGCCAGCAUCAGUUGCCUACAAAGUAGAGGUGGCGAGACUGUCUGAAACACUGGGUUACAUGGCGAAGGGGCUGCCACAAUGGUGGCACUGAGGUCCAUUUUUAGUGGGCAAAAGGGAUAUUGCCCUGAUAAUUUCAAAGACUGGCUGACAAAAUACCGUCCAAGACAGUUUCCAGUGGCACUUGAAGUAACAAAAGAAAAUGCAGGUUUGUCACCAAAACAAAGGCUACUGUUUCACUGCUAGACUCCUACUGAGAACUGAGUCAUUGAAGGGCAAGCCCCAGAAAGUAAUGCAGCCUUUCCCUUGAAUGAGGCUGGAAGGCUUUGGCCAGUGCUUUACUAAUCUGGGCUGGAUUUCUCCUGUUUGUUGUAGGACUGAAAGUGCAAAAAUUAUCUGAAAAAUAUAAAGAACAUGUUUUAUGAACCUGCUGUUUCAGAAAAGCUAGAAUUUUUUUGAUAAAGAUUGGUUAAAAUAAUCAUGUAAAAUUAAUCUGAAGUGAUCAGUGCUGAAGAACUUGCUUUCAUUCAGAAUUCCAAUUCAGAAUAGCUUUUUAAAAAGGAUUUCGGCAAUAAUCUGAAAUCAGUAACACCAUGCUGGAAAUGCUAAGUAGGUCUGCUAGCAUCUGUAAAGAAGGAAGCAGCUGAUGUUUCAGGUUAGUGACCUGUCAUGACUUUAGCUUGUUGGAUUGACACUGUGCACUUAACCUUCUGCUUGACUUCUAAGAUACCAAACAAAAGAGUCAUUGAUCUUCAGCAAUAUGUCACGUCUGUUGUGCUGUGUGGGGUUUUGGCAUUGUGGCUCAUGUAGAUCAAAGCCUGGAAACUAAAGUUUGGAAAAGUAAAUUUUUAAGAAGAAAUUUUAACCAAAUAGGACAGCACUGGCCUAAGCUGUCCAGGUUCUUUCAAGGAAAAAGGUUGCAUGACUUUCUGUGGCUUGCCUUUCAAUGACUCAGUUCUGAGGAGGAGUUCGGCAGUAAAAUAUAAACCCAUCUGUUUUGGUGACAAGCCUGCAUUUUUAGUUACUUCAAGCACUGUUGGAAACUAUCUUGGAGAAGAUAGAAGUUGCUAAGCUCCAAGGCUGUUUAGAGCUGCUCAUGCUGGAAUUCAUGCUUAGUUAUCAGAAUGCAAAUAUGGAAUACUUGAUUUGAUUUUGAUCUGAAUGAUUUGUUGUCACGUGUGUUUGAUAUAAAAAUACAGUGAGAAGUGUACAUAGAUGGUGCCAUUCGCCUUAACUUAAGAUCAGCAAAAGAUAACUUGAGAGCUCAAUUUUCCACUGCCAUAGUCCCAGUCAGGGCUUCCUGGCCCUUGUCAUACUCCAUCAGAGUCAGUAUUGGCAGCCUCACUGGCCCGCACAUUCAUCUCCUGCCACAUGGUUCCUGGUCGUGACCCAGCUCUUUCCCGACUCCUUAGGUAGGUAAAGGAGGUCAGGAGAGACAGACAGAAUCUUGACCUCUGUAAUAAGAAGAGAGCGGAGAAUAAAGGACUGAGAAAGAGCACUGGUGAGCAGAGUGGAGCUCUGAAUGGAAGGACUUACACUGCCUUAUCACAUGUUCAAUCAGAGUCUGUGUCUCCACAUGUUGAGUGGCCCGUGGUUUCCUCUCCUGAAUAAAGCUUCACAGCCUUGCUCUGGACAAAAAUUAGCUGUAUUCUGCACGGAUGCAUGCUUUGUUACUGUUGUGAUCUGAUUGUGGCCUUCUCUGUAAUUAUAAACUGUGUAUAUAGUUCUACAUAAUAUUUAAGAAAAUAAAACUAAUGCCAAAUUUCUGCCUUAA